GGCCACCCCUGACAAUGAACACCAAAGAGAAGAGGUUCAAAGUUCCAGUCAUGCGGCAAUUCAAUGCGCAAUAAGGGUACAAAUAGUACCUCACACCCUCAACCAUCAGUGCUUCAAGCCUGCGAACAUGACCCGCCCGUGAACCCUUCCACGAACCAGCAAAAACAUGGACCACUGCGUCCUUUACAUGACGCAGACGUGGUACAAGGUCUGCCUCGUAUAUGAGCAAAGCAAAUUUGAUAUUGAUAUACAGACCAAAACCGCCAAAUGUUGUACCUCGACCGCUUAACGUUUGACCCAAGUUGGCCUCUUGCGAGCCUUCAACCGGCCUGGUUUCUUCCGUUCGACACGUCUCAUAUCCGUCGUAACACAGCCGGCUGAAUUGAUAAUUAGUCAAUGGCAAACCAUGCAAAAGGCAAUAAAGACUUCGCUUACCUCGUCUCAGGGCCGGCUUGAGCGCUGGUUCGUGUACCAGUAAUGCCUUGGCCAAUGCCAGAGUCACUGACUCUGCUUGACCCGUAACUCCACCUCCUGACACCAGCGCGAAGACAUUGUACUUGUCCAUUCUCUCGGUGGUUUUCAGCGCCCAGAGUGCGCUCUCCCGGUCGUGCACGCGAGGGAACACUUGCACAAUGCUGCGCCCAUUGACCAGAACUUCACCCGUACCCUCAACCAGAAAUACUUUUGCCGUCGACUCCUUUCUCCGUCCAAUGCCAAUAGCACGUCCAUAUUCGUCAAUCUUUCCAGGCUUCGCUUUCUGAACUUCUUCCGAACCAGGACGUCGAAAUCGAUCCAAGACCUGCUUCACCUCCUUCGGGCGAACCCGCGGAUGGAUCUUGUUCAGUCGCGUGAGAAGCUCCAAGACCUUUGAGUAUUUUGAAGCAGGAACUUUUUCGCCGGUGGAACUUCGAUAUUGAUUGAGCUUCAACCACGCCGCUCGCGGUGUCUGGUUCGGCGGAGCCGUAGGUAGUGCCCCGUGUUUCUUGACGAGGGAUUGCAGCAGGAGAACAUGGUCGUUGAAGACGGGAGACGCAGUAAAAUAGGAAGGCGAUGCCGGGAGGAUGCGGGCGGGUAUCGCAUUCGGGUCAUCAAGGUCUAUUUCCGGCGCUGCCUGGAUUUGCGUAUCUUGGAAGGUCGGUCUCGUCGUAGAGAAGUUGUGCCGUUGCGGGACUGAUAAAAGCUUCGGUUGACGAGCUUUAGCCUGAACGCCGUGUAGACGACAUUGGCGGCAUGUCCAGGAGAUUGCAGAAGGGAAGGCCCGGACGGCGGAGCCCGACAUUUUUAGGGAGACUAACAACAAUCCCAGGCCGAUCACAAGGUCAGCAUCUAACCCAGAGGGAGUCAAGAUGCGUUGGCCCUGGGUGGUGUCCGAUGUGGCCUCGCGAGAACGGAGGCUUCAAUUGCGAGUGAAAUGGACAAAAUCAGAGCUUCGGCAUUGGGCGCGCGAAGUGCAACUUCUACUAGUAGUUGCUGACUGGCAGUGGCAGACGUGAGUGGACUGGAACUGCAGUGGCUGCGAAAUGCCAAGCCUCAGGCUGCGGACCACCUGGCACCUCGGACCUUGCAAAAUAUUUGUUCCCUGCCGCUGACUCUAGAAACCUCCAACUUGAACCUCUGAACGCACUUCAUUACCACAAUCCCUUGUCCACAAAUCCGUUGACUUUCUUCAAAAUGUCGUUCGGAAAGCUUUACGGCUACAAGGACAACGCCCGCUCCACCGCUCUUCUGGCGGUCGCAAAGGAGAACAACCUCGACAUCGAGCUUGUGGAAACUCGUCCUCCCAAUGUCGACACCGAAUACCUCAAGCUGAACCCUCUUGGCCGGAUUCCGACCUUCGUGGGCUCGAACGGCUUCGUCUUGACUGAGUCGAUUGCCAUUGCCAUCUACUUCACGUCACAGAACGAGAAGACCACCCUCCUCGGAAAGACCAAGCAAGACUAUGCCUCCAUUGUGCGAUGGAUGUCCUUCUCCAACUCCGAGGUCCUCCCCAACAUCGGUGGCUGGUUCCGACCUUUGAUCGGCAGAGAUCCCUACAACAAGAAGUCGGUGGACGACUCGAAGGCGGCGGCUCUCAAGGCCCUCAAGGUCCUCGAGCAACAUUUGUUGGUUCAUACCUUCCUUGUUGGCGAGCGUAUCACUCUUGCCGAUCUGUACGUUACUUCCCAGAUCUCCCGCGGCUUCCAGUAUGUCCUGGACAAGGCCUGGCGCUCGGAGAACCCUAACACCACUCGCUGGUUCGAGACUGUCACUGCCCAGCCUAUCUGGAAGGCCAUCAUUGAGCAGCCAAUCUUGGUUGAGGAGGCUGUCAAGUACACCCCUCCCAAGAAGGAGGCCAAGCCUGCUAAGCCUGCUGAAGCGGCUCCCAAGGCUGAGAAGAAACCCGCCGAGGAGGAAGAGGAGGAGCCCAAGCCUGAGGUCAAGGCCAAGCACCCUCUCGAGGCUCUCCCGAAGCCAUCGUUGAUCCUCGAUGACUGGAAGCGCAAGUACUCCAACGAGGAGACCCGAGAGGUCGCCCUUCCCUGGUUCUGGGAGCACUACAAGCCAGAGGAAUACUCCCUGUGGAAGGUUGACUACAAGUACAACGAUGAGUUGACCAUGGUCUUCAUGUCGUCCAACCUUAUCGGUGGCUUCUUCGCCCGUCUUGAGGCGUCCCGCAAGUACCUCUUUGGUGCCAUGUCGGUCUAUGGUACCGCCAACGACUCCGUCAUUACAGGUGCUUUCUUGGUCCGUGGCCAAGAGGCUCUCCCUGCUUUCGAUGUCGCUCCAGACUAUGAGAGCUACGAGUUCACCAAGCUCGACCCCAGCAAGCCAGAGGACCGUGCUUUCGUUGAGGACCAAUGGGCCUGGGACAAGCCUAUCGAGGUCAACGGCAAGAAGUACGAGUGGGCUGACGGCAAGGUCUUCAAGUAGAGGAAUUCGACAGUGGCAAACGGCAGCUAUCUGGCCUGAAGACGUUCCUUUCGUAGCUUUAGGCAGAUUGAGGACGAACACCUCCUCAUUGAAUGAAUGUUAGUAUGUGACGACCACGAUGCAAUGAGUACUAGUAGGAAUGGAAGCAGACGGGGACAUCUGUUUCUUUGGUAGAUAGCCUCAAUUGGUCUACAUCCCAUUCUCAGAUAUGGAUGUCCACUGCAGGAGCAAUCAUUGCCUUUCUCCAUGAGCGUUCCUCCAUACUACAACUGUAGUCCAUAGAACAUGGCAAAGUAUAUGACCUCUUGCAUUGCAUUGCAAGACCUCAUUGCCUCCGUAAUCCACGUAACCUUACUGAUAUGUUCG